AUGAACAGGAAUAGAAACAAGCAGAUCAGAGUGUCUGAACUCAGGGUGGUUCUGCUGGGCAGCAGUUGGUCCCAGAGGAAUUCAGUGGGAAACUUCAUAGUGGGAAAGAAUGUUUUUAACGCUGAACCUCAGUUCUGUGUCAGAGUCGGUGGAGAAGUGGAGAAAACCACAAUUGUUGUCAUCAACACUCCUGAUCUUCAGUUUCCAACCACAGCCAAACAAACACAGUUUAUUAAAGACUGUGCGAGAGUCUCUGCUCCUGGACCUCAUGUGUUCCUGUUGGUUCUGCAGCCUGAAAACUUCACUGAAGAAAAGAAAAACACGAUGUACAGAGUCCUUGAAGCUUUUAAUGAUCGAUCCUUUGAUCAUUCCUUUAUACUGAUGUUAAAUUCUGAACCAAGACAGCAGGACAACGUUUUUGAAGAUUAUACAAAAAAGGCUCCAUUUCAGGAACUGAUCAGAAAAUGCAGAAACAGAUACUUAAAGAUGGAGGACAUUGAGUGUCCAGAGCUGCUGACUCGUUUUGGUCAAAUUGUGAAAGAGAACAAUGGAGAACAUGUGAGCUAUGAAGAGUUUGAAGAAGCAGCCAGCAGCUUAACAGAUUUUCCUCAGAGCCGUAAAGAAAAGCCACCAACAGGUUCUCUAGUAGCUGUUGUUAAAAAUGCUGGUCUCAGUGGUCAAAUAUCCAGAACACAUCUGUCCUAUGAAGCAUCUGAUUUCAGGAUUGUGUUGUUGGGGAAAAGUGAAGAAAAAAAGUCAAAACUGGGUAAUUUGUUGAUUGAAGAGCAGGGAUUUCAUCACCAGAUGCACAGUGUGGCCUCCUGUGGAGAGUGGAGAGGAAAACCAGUGAUAGUAGUAAAAACUCCUGACAUGUUCAGUUUUUCUCAUAAAGAAAUCCUUGCAAAAAUGAAUAACUGUGUGAGGCUCUGUUACCCUGGACCACAUGUUCUGCUGCUGUUAGUGAAACCCCCAGAAUUUACUGUAGAGAACAGAGAAACAAUGAACUUCAUCCUUAGUUUGUUUGGUCCAGAUGCCUUCAGACAUUCAGUGGUCAUUUUAACACAUGAUGGAGAAAGUUCAUCUGUCAAUGAGCUCCUCAGGCUAGUUCAAGGCAGAUGCUACAACAUGAAUAAAAAUGAUCGCAGUCUGUUGAUGAAGGAGAUUGAGACCAUCAUGGCGGAAAACAAAGGAACAUAUCUGAGCUUCAGAGGAGAGACCAGCAGACCCCAACAGGAACAGAUCAAACCUUCACUAAACCUGGUUCUGUGUGGAAGGAGAGGAGCAGGGAAGACCUCAGCAGCCAAGGCCAUCUUAGGUCAGACUGAGCUAAGAUCCAACUCAUCAGUUAGUGUUAAAAACCAGGGAGAGGUCAGCGGAAGUUGGGUUUCUCUGGUGGAGCUGCCUGCCUUGCAUGGAAGAACUCAGCAGGAAGUGAUGGAGGAAUCAUUCAGGUGCAUUUCCCUCUGUGAUCCUGAGGGGGUCCACGCCUUCAUCCUGGUCCUACCUGUGGGUCCCCUCACUGAUGAAGACAAGGGAGAGUUACAGACCAUCCAGGACACGUUCAACUCUGUGGUCAAUGACUUCAUCAUGGUUCUGUUCACUGUGGAGUCAGAUCCUAAACAUUCAGCUGUUGUAAGCGGCGACAGCGACAUCCAGAAGCUCAUUCAGAGCUGUGGAGGAAGAUAUGUUGUUGUCAACAUUAAGGACCAGCAGCAGAUCCCAGAACUGUUAGAGAUGGUGGAAAAAAGUGUUUCUGACAGGGAGAAUCAGUCCAGUUACACAAUGAAAACAUUAUCAUGGGGCCUAAUGGAGAAAAAUUUAAAUCUACAAGCUGAACUGAAGAAGAUCACCACAAAGGCACCUCUCAUAGACAGUGAAGAGAAGAACCCAGAGUGUCUCAGGAUUGUUCUGAUUGGGAAAACUGGCAGCGGGAAGAGCUCAUCAGGAAACACUAUCCUGGGAACAAAGGAGUUCAUUUCCAAAUCACUUCAACAGUCGGUUACAAAAAGCUGCCAGAAAGCUCAAAGUGAAGUAGACGGCCGUCUUGUUGCUGUGGUCGACACUCCUGGUCUGUUUGAUUCAACUUUGUCCCAUGAAGAAAUUAAUGAUGAACUGGUAAAAUGCAUGAAUCUCCUGGCUCCAGGGCCACAUGUCUUCCUGCUGGUGUUAACGAUCGGUAGAUUCACACCAGAGGAAAAGGAAACAUUAAGUCUCAUCAAGGAAGUUUUUGGAAAAGAUUCUGAGAAGUUCACCAUCAUCCUUUUUACUGGAGGAGACAAGCUGACACAUGACAAAAUAUCCCCUGAAGAGUUCAUUGCAUGUUGUGAUGAUUCCUGUAAGAAGCUGAUUGCUGACUGUGGAGGAAGAUUUCAUGUGUUUAAUAACUAUAAUAAACAGGAUUGCUCACAGGUUACUGAGCUGAUAAGGAAGAUCGACACCAUGGUGAAGGAGAACGGAGGCAGUUUCUACACCAAUGAGAUGCUGCAACAGGCUGAAGCUGCCAUAAAGAAAGAAAUGAAAAGAAUCCUGAAGGAGAAGGAAGAAGAGAUGGAAAAAAUGAAGGAGGAGCUGGAAAGAAAACACAAGGAAGAAAAAGAAGAAAUGGAAAAAAGAAUAGAGGACCAGAUAGCAGAAACUGAAAAAGAGAGAACACAGAAAGCUGAACAACUUAAAGAAAUGGAGGAAAAGAUCAACAAGGAACGAGAGCAAAUAAAGAAAGAACAGGAAGAAAGAAAAGAGGAAGAAAAACACAAACAACGGGAGUGGGAAAAACAAGAGGAUAAAAAGAGACAGAAAGAGGAGAAACUAAAACUGAAAAGGCUUGAAGAGGAAUUUCUGAAGAAAAACAGAGAAGAAGAUCAAAAAAGGAGAGAACAAGAGAAGAAGGAGAAAGAAGAGAGAGCUAGGCAAGUUAGAGAAAUGGAAGAAAGAAUUAACAAGGAAAGAGAGCAGAGAACGAAAGAGAAGGAAAAAAGAGAACAAGAGAACCAGAAAAGAAAAGAGGAGGAAGAACGGCAUAGACAAGACUGGGAAAAAGAACGAGAAGCUUUAGAGAGACAAAUUCGGUCAGAAUCAAAAGAAAAGGAGGACAUUGAGAAAAAACUGGAGCAAACCAGAAAAGAGAAGGAAGAAGAACGAGUCGCUUUGGAGAAGCAAAGGAAAGAGUGGUGGGAAAAACGAAACCAAGAGGAGGAAGAAAAGAACAAAGAACUGAAAAGGGUUGAGGAGAAAUAUCAGAAAGAAAGGGAAGAAUAUGAAAAGAAAAUGAAAAUAGAGGAUAGGAAGAGAAAGGAACAGGCAGAGAAAGAGAUAAAACAGAUAGAAGAGCAAUUUAAAGAAACUGAGAAAAGAAUAAAAAAUGAGAGGCUGGAAGAACAGAAAAAAAGAAAGGAGGAGGAAAAGAAACGAAAAGAGGAGGAUGAACAACAGAAAAAAGAGUGGGAGGAAAAACAAAAAGUUUUGAAGGAAAAGUUACAGUCAGAGAAUAAAGAAAAGGAGAACAUCACUAAAAAACUGAAGCAGAGUAGAAAAGAGAUGAAAGAGAAACGAAGAGAAUGGGAGAAGGAAAUAAAGGAGUGGGAGAAACUACAUAGAGAGGAGGAAGAGAAACGGAAAGAGGAAGAACUUAAACUGAAAAAGCUUAAACAGGAGUUUGAAAAGAAGAUUAACGAAGACAAUCAGAAGAAAAUCAAAUUGCAGAAAGAAAAUGAAGAUUUAGUGAAAAAACACGAGCUCAGCAUAGAGGAAAUGAAAAGGAAAUAUGAAGAGGAUGCCAGGCAAAAAGCUGAAGAAUUCAAUGAGUUUAAAGAGGAAAGCAGAAUUCUGAUGGAAAUGCAUAAACAAGAACUAGCAGUUCUAAAUAUAGACAAAGAAAAGGGACAGCAAAAUGUAAAAGAUUUAAAGGAGCUAAAAGAGAAACAAGAGGAAGAACUGAAACACUUAAAGAACAAAUUUGCUGUAAAGUAUUGCACCACAUCCUGAUUAUGUUUUGUUAAGUUUAUGUUGAAGUUUAUCAUGUUAAGUUUUAUUUUCUCAAGUUGAUGAUCCUUAACAUGUUUUGCAUCUAUUCAGAUGGAAGUGAAAACUAGACAUUUAAUCAGUGCUUUCUAGUAUGGCUGAGUAUUUGCUUUAAUUGUCUGAAGAGAUUCACUGUCAGCAGUACUAGUUUUUAUAAUUCAGUCCAUCUGGAGUUGACCUUUAAUAAGGAGGGAUAUCAAAAAAUUCAGGUUUUUAUUGUUUUGAGCUGGUAUUACAAUUAUAUCAAUGAUAUUGAGAUGAGAUGUAGAUGUCACAAUAAAGGAGUCUAGUGAGACAUUUUACGUUUCACAAUAGAAUCAACCUUAAAACAAAAGAAUACUUUCCCUUAAUUUGUGGUCUAUUUCUUGUAUGCUGAGUUUUGUUUUGUGCAGCAAUCGUUGCCAGAAGUUUAUGAGAUAAAUCACCUUUCUAUAUUUCUGUCUCAAAACUAAAUUUCUUUCA